CAAAAACCCAUCGCCCGGUCACAAAUCCACUCAUGGCACCUGUGCAACCCUCACAAGAUAGCCUUGAUAGGCGGAAGGUCGUCGGUAUCAACGCCGAGACAGUCACGAACAUUACCUCUACCGAUUUCCCUGGACAUCAUGCGGGCGAAGAUCUUUCAUGGUCCCUUGACAAGUUUGCCAACAAUCUAAAGAUCCAAUUUCACCAGAACGAGGCAUCAGAAGCGACGUUCUCCCUGAUCGGCGUCGACGCUGCUAUCGCAAAUGCUUUCCGCCGCAUCCUCAUCGCCGAGGUGCCUACCUUGGCCAUCGAAAAAGUCUAUGUCUCAAACAACACCUCAGUAAUAGCUGACGAAGUCCUCGCGCACCGUUUGGGUCUCAUUCCGUUGAAAGGCAGCAUAUCUGGUCUGAAAUGGCUGAAGUGGUACAUACAAGCCAAUCCUGAGUAUGGCAUUCAAGGCAUGGACUUGUCAGAUUACAACACCAUUGUCCUAAAGUUGAACGUGCGAUGCGAGCGCAAUCCAAACGCCGACAAGAACGCAACGGAACCUGAAGAGAAAUAUAUCAACAGCAGUGUAUACUCGCGGCACAUCACUUGGGAACCAAUGGGGCAGCAUCAGGAGCGUUUCAAGGAUGGAGAAGUUAAGCCUGUCAGUCCAGACAUUUUGAUCGCCAAGUUGCGUCCUGGGCAGGAACUCGACAUGACCCUCCAUGCGCAUCUGGGUAAAGGAGGCGACCAUGCAAAAUUCAGUCCGGUGGCGACAGCAACGUACCGCCUGCUCCCGACGAUCACGAUCACAAAGCCUAUUCUAGGAGCCGAUGCCGUCAAAUUUCAGAAAUGCUUCCCGCCAGGCGUGAUCGGUCUCGAACGAGUUACACCUCUGGAGGGCGCUUCCGAUAAUCCCGAUUUCAAGGGCCGGGAGGGUGACGAGAAGGCGGUUGUGAAAGAUGCCAUGCGAGACACAGUUUCCCGCGAGUGCCUGCGCCAUGACGAAUUCAAAAACAAAGUCAAGUUGGGUCGUGUCCAAGACCAUUUCAUCUUCAAUGUCGAGAGCACGGGACAGUUCCCGAGUGACAUGCUAUUUGUAGACGCCGUGAGCGUGCUGAAAUACAAGGCAAAGAGAUUACUUCGAGCCGUCGAUGCCCUGGAGACGUGAAACGCAUUGGAACGAGGGUUUACGAUAUGUAUUGCAUGAAUCACGGCGUCUUUAGCAUUUGCAAGGUGUUUGUUCUAUGGCUCAAGAUACCUCUGGUUGAGAUGGAUAUGUCCAAAAAAAAGUUAUGCGCAUAUACAAGGUGUCUCAUUGUUC